AUGGGAGACCCAAACAAGUAUCGAAAGUCAAGGUCCUUCCAAAGAAGGCUCACGCUGUUGACUAGCAUAGCGCUAUGCGCUCUCCUCACAUGGGUCGGCUACUGGUCCUACUCGACCGACCAAGCCAUGUCGGGGCUCUGGGGUUGCGAGAUGGCUUACAUGUACCCAUCAUUCUCUCCACUGGAAGGAGUUGACACUGCGGGGUCUCGCUAUGCACUCUUCCUCUACCGGGAAGGAGGGAUGGAUCCGCCAGUUCCUUCGGGACAUCCUGUCAUUUUCAUUCCUGGCAACGCUGGAUCAUACAAGCAAGCGAGGUCCAUUGGAGCCUCGGUAGCAGCGCAAUUCCAUAAGGGGAGGGAUACGACGUGGACCAAGAGCGUCGAUCUUUUCACUGUAGACUUCAACGAGGAUCUCUCAGCACUCCAUGCCCCCACCCUUCGCUCUCAAGCCCAAUUUUUAGUCAAAGCGAUCGCACGUGUAUACAGGGCAUACGAGCACCUCCCUGCAGACGAGCGGCCGGCUAAGGUCAUCCUCCUGGGACACUCUAUGGGGGGAAUUGUCGCCCGUCUCGCCUCGACCAUGGCUCAGCCAACUAUGUGGCAGCCAUCACCUGUGGACGUGAUUCUCACGAUGUCAACGCCUCAUUUACAACCUCCUGCGCCGUUAGACCCGGAGAUGGAGCGGAUUUACGCUGAAAUCAACUCCGUGCGGUACUCGGACCCCUCACCCCUACUAAUUUCCAUCUGCGGCGGCACGUCGGACGUCCAAAUCGUGUCGGACGCAUGCGCUCUGACGAAUAGCCUAAUUGGCCGCGACGAUGGCUUUGCAGUGUUCACCACUGGCAUCCCCGGAGUCUGGACGGGAGUGGAACAUCAAGCGAUGGUCUGGUGCGACCAAGUCCGAUACCGAGUCGCACGGACUUUGCUCGACAUGGGCGAAGCGGCUUCUCGUCAAGGCAAGCUUUCGGCGGCUCAACGGUGGCUACUGGGAAUAUCGGAAACACAGCCAGCUUUGCCAACACUCGACACCACAACUCGAGUCGAAGUGGUCGCGUCUCGCAUGGCGAUCUUGCUCAAAUUGACCUAUCCUACAGAGGUGUCACUGGUUAGCCCACCUGUCACUGCUCAAUUCUGUGAAGAGGAAGGUGUGUGCUCUGAUCAGACCUUUUUUUCGUACUCAGUACCGUGGUUGCCAGUCUCUGAACGCCCUUUCCCUCUGCUCGGGGAGGGAAGCAGACCCGAGGAGUCCGUCUUUGUCCUGGACUUCGAUCUGCCCGAAGUGAACCGCGGAUGGUUGGAAAUUCGUCACCCGCUAGGCGCGUCGGUACAUUCUGGACCUCUUGUCGAUCAGACCGUCGUGGGCUCUCGAUGGAGUGAGUGGCAUCACCGCACGAGGCUGAACGCGUAGAGCAAGACCAGCGUUCGGCUGAACCGACUCACCUCGCUCUUCACUUCUCCUCGCGGGUGGUGUCUUCCCUGGUGGCCUAUCGCCUAACUGUGGAAACGGACGAAUGCUCAGGUUAGGCGCACCUCCCGUUCACGCUGACGUCGUCCACUAGAUCAUAUGGUCACUGUGCGGUUCACUUCAUCGCCUAGCGUAUCCUUGCAUUCCCACUCGCACGAGUCACGAUUCUAUGCCAUUCGCGAUGGAAGUGUAACCCUGCACUCUCACAUCAGCGGGGCACCCUUCCAGGGUCACCCACAUUCCACCAGAGGCAUCAACCUGGACAUUUAUCAACACCCAAAAUGUCUCGUUCGCUCCGUCAGCGUCACAGUCGACCCGUUCGCAUCCUUAGCGAAGGCAGUGCUUCGCCUGCGCAUUGCCGUUGUGAUGUGGUGCGCCGCCUGGGUUGCAGUCGUGUUGUUUUGCCAAUUGUCACAAUACGCUUCCGAUGGU